CAGGAUUCAGCUAGCGUCAUCAUGUCGGGCCGGAUGGGGCCGCCGGGAUCGGACUUUGCGCAUCUGCAGCAGGACAAUGCAGAGAUUGAACGGUCCAUGCUGGCGCAAGAAGUCGAAGCAUUGAGGUCCAGGCUAGGUUUGCGCCAAGUGGACGUGUCCAAGGAAUGCGGGGUGAACGCAUCGAUGCUGUCGCAGUGGAUGCUAGGGAGAUACAAAGGAAACAUUGCUCGCAUCAAUGGGCUCAUGGAAGGCUGGCUCGUGAACCGCCGCGGCGGGAAACCUCUGGACAAGUCGGCCAUGCUCAUGCAGGCUCCCCAUCGCAUGAUGCAUCAUCCUUCCAUCGGGGACGGCGGCGGCAUGGAUGCGUUCCAUCAACACUCGAAGCGGAAACCACUGGUCCAACUGGCAGAACGACCCUUGUACAAAUACCCCAAGAUCACACACAACGCAUCGGCGCUCGUGCCGAUCCGUCUGGACGUGGACGUCGACGGCUACCGCUACAUUGACUCAUUCGCUUACAACAUACAUGAAAGCGACUUUACCUACGAUACGUUUUCUGCGUCGUUGAUUCGGGAUUUGGACUUGCCCGACUGCUUUUACGCGCCGAUUGCUACUGCCAUUCGACUGCAAGUUGAGGCUGCCACGUCACAUGUCCACAAACCGUCCAGUACGACGAAAAAGGACACUGCGCUGAUCCCGAUUUACAUCAAACUGCGCAUCAACGACACGGUUCUGAUCGACUCGUUUGAAUGGGACGUCUCGAACGACCUCAACAACCCCGACGCGUUUGCCGCGGCGCUGUGUGCCGACCUCGGACUCGACGACGGCGAGUUCCAAGUGCAAAUUGCCCUCUCGAUUCGCGACCAGUUGCUCGCAUAUGCCAAAAAAUCCGACGGGCAGCAACAGCAAGCGCGACUGGCCCCCGUGACGAGCCACCCGCUUCGAGAUUUUGACGAAGCCAAGCUAUGGGAGCCCAAGGUCCGCUAUGUCGUGGCCGACGACAUUGCGCUGCUGGAACGGGAGGAUUUUAAGAGGAUGCGACCGACGUCGUCGAUGCCGGCGCCGCUGCAGACGUCUGUGAUGCCGUACUUUCCCGUGCGCAGUGCCGCGAUGUUUCCCAGUCAGUAUGCAGCGUACCCCCAAGGAAGCGGCAAGCCGAAUCGCCCGCCCAAGCCUGUGAAUACAUUUUUGAUCUUUUGCAGGCAAUGGCGGAAGAAGCUGAUGGCGCAAAACCCAAAUGCAAGUGCCAAGGAAGCGUCGAGACUGCUGGGGGAGAUGUGGCAAAAGCUGACUGAAGAGCAGCGAGCUAGGUAGAUAUAUAUAUCUCGUACUUGAUCCUCCAUAUGAACAAGGAUAUAUAUACAACGUAGCUAUCAACCGCUGGCGGACAGGGAGAACGCGCAACGCAUGGCCGAGUGGAAGGUCAAGGAGAAAGGCGAGGCGGCGGCAGUCCAGCAGCCCAAGACAGACCAACUGCAUGCGCUGCUGCCGGCGACGGCCAAGACAUCCGCGACGUCGUCGGCGAAUCCUCCCUUGGGGGCAACCGUCCCCGACGACGAUGACGACCUGGAUAUGGACGACGACGAAGGAGACUCGGACGAUGAGGACGACUAAGAUGACUAUUGUGUGUGAAUUCGAAGAUCGCGUAUAUAUAUAUAUAUAUCUAAGGAAGAAGGGGCGGGUUGGCAGCGCCGUCCGGGGUGGGAUGGCGCCACUUGCUCUGGGCGUAGUGGUUCUCCAAUUCGAACAGCGCGGCCGCAACGUCCGAGCACAAGUGCUCGAUGGACGUGUCCACGUCGUCGCAUUUCUCCUUGAGGGAUUCGCUGGUAGCGUCCACUUGCUGGUUGAUGCCUUCGAAGUCGUUGAGGGUCAACGACAGCUUAAGUUCGGCAAUGAGCUUGAGCAGUGACUCCCCUGCAUGUACCAAGGUCGUCGCGUACACGGAACUCUGGAGCGCCUGUCUGGAUGUCUGCGUUCUGUCCUUGAUCUUGCUCACAGUGACCAGCCCGCGGAAGUUCUCAAUCAACGACUCAACAUUGUUGUCUAAGCGGCGGCGGUACUCUUCCGCCAUCGAUGAUGGAUGGGGAUACUUGGGGGAUGGGUA